AGAAAGCAAGCAAGAAAGCAUAGUCACUCUCAACCCCCCUCGGUCUCUCUCUCUCUCUCUCUCUCUUUCUCUCUCUCAAUAAUUCCCCCCAAUUCCCUAAAUUCACCCAUAUCUUUGUUCAAAUUCCGCAAAAUUUUCCUAAAUUCUCUUCUACAAUGCUUGAUCUCGAGUUCUUGAGUGACCGGUAGGUUUGAUUUGCUCAAAAUUUUAAUCUUUUUGGUUGGAGUUGGUUCAGGGAAGUGGUGGAACUGGGGGGGGGGGGGGAGGGAGUGGUGGGAAUGCUGGAGGUUGUUGAGGGGGAGAUGAACGGAGGCUACGGGCAAACGCAGCAGAGCUGCGGGGAGAGCAGCGAGGAGGAGCUAUCAGUGCUCCCGCGGCACACCAAGGUGGUGGUGACCGGCAACAACCGGACCAAAUCCGUGCUCGUCGGGCUCCAGGGGGUCGUCAAGAAGGCCGUCGGCCUCGGCGGAUGGCAUUGGCUGGUGCUGACUAAUGGCAUAGAGGUGAAGCUGCAAAGAAAUGCACUUAGUGUGAUUGAAGCCCCAACUGGUCACGAGGAUGAUGAUGAGACUGAGUGUGAAAAUAUGCAGUGGAAUGUUUCUGAUAUGGCCUCCGAUGACACACAAUCGCAGAAGCCACACAGAUCCAGAAGCAGACAGCAUAAAGGGUCUUGCAACAAAUCCUCGAGCCGCACUCAUUCGUGUGAUUCACAAUCUAAGGGAUCUGUUUCAUCCUCUAGGGGCACAAUGAAAGUUGACCUGAGCAAGCUAGAAACGACAGCGUUAUGGAGAUAUUGGCGUCACUUCAAUCUUGUGGAUGCCAGUCCUAACCCCUCCAAGGAGCAGCUAAUUGAUGCAGUUCAGAGGCAUUUCACGUCACAGCAAUUGGAUGAGUUGCAGGUUAUCGUCGGGUUUGUGCAGGCUGCAAAGAGGCUCAAAACUGUCUGCAAUUGAGCUCGGGAGAAGCCUGCCAUGCUAACUGAUUGGAAGCAGGCCUAUUAUUGUCUGUAGCUAUAUUGUGUAACAUAUGUAUCCUGGGUGUGGUUAGUGGAACAGCUUGGGUAACUGGGUUUUCCAUAGCUAGAGGUUACUGUAAGUCCUGUAAUGUAGAUAUAUACACUGGCCAAGACCUUGCAGCCAUUGUGGCUUUUGACAUUGCCAAUGAUGCAUUGCUGACUGACUAUUUGGGAAGAAACUGUGUUUCUGUUUUCUUGGUGACAUGGGCUUAAAAGCAUUGUCAGAGUUGUUU